UGUUGUGCAGAAUGGAACUUGUGAGGUACCCGUACCCCGACGAGGAGGAGACCGGGAGAGGAGAGGAUAACCUCAAAAAAUUGUCGCGACAUUGCUGACAUGACAGCCCCACAGCACAAGGGGAAAUAGCGCGAUGCUGUCGUGACAAGGAAACUUUCCUUGUCGAUUAAGAUUUCAGUUGGACUCAGCUAACAUUUUACUAUUUUAAGAACCGAUUACAAUUGUUUUCCAAAUUCAGAGUCAUCGUCCGUUGCUGCUCUCUCUCUCUCCAGUCACAAGAACUGCUGCGCUGCUGGCAGGAAAGUCAGCAAGCCAUCCAAGAUGGAGGAGCCUUUGUUAUCACCAGACAAAAAUGGAGCAAGAGAUGGGGGACGGGAAAGUGAUAAAUUGAGGUCAUACGAGUACGUGGGAAGGGCUGGUUCCAUAAUUCCGACAGCUUUCUUGGCCGGAUCCCAAGUCAGUGUCGAUGAGAUUCGAUCAGCUGCAUCCAUUCCUCACUCUGACCCCUAUCCUCCAUCUCUCCAUGGGGCCUUGGUCAGCCCACCUCCCUCGCAAUCCCCUUCCCAACCCUACGCUCAAGAUAUUAUUUACCAGGGUGGAUGCUACGGAGAUACAAGAGAAAUUGGUCAUGAAGCAACAAGACAAAUAUUGGAUGAGGUAGAGAUUCGGGAGUUACUAGUAGAUCAUGUUGGGCAUCGUUGCUGUUGGGGAAGUCGCCCAGCUAGGACCUGGAAAAUUCAUGCCGUGGAAGACUGCAAUGUGUACGUGGGAACUUUAGACACUUUUAUAGAGGAGAGGGAAAUAAUAAUUGAGAGGGAGCCAUACGUUAGUGGCAAUAUUGAUGGAACGGCAAAUGGGCCUGAACUCGGUAUAUGGGAAUUGGAUUUGAGGUCUGAGUUCCCUGUUUUGUUUAUCCCUUAUCAAGAGACAAGAACAAGAAUUCCUCAUUCAGAAGCUAUUGACAAAUGUCCAGAUUGCACAGGACGAGGACAUACAGUCUGUACUGCUUGCAAUAAGGAUCUGGAGCCUGGAUUCUACAAAGAAAAUCAAAUGAUGCAUUGUCCUGCGUGCUUUGGGAGGGGUCUGAUUGCUCAUACAGAUGGAUCUGAUACAAAAUGCUUAAAAUGUAAUGGGAAGGGCAUGCUGCCUUGUGCAACUUGUGAUUCUCGUGGGCUUAUUAAAUGUGUGACGUGCAUGGGUGGUGGUUCUCUUUUGACUCGCAAAGUGGCUGUUAUAAGAUGGAAGACCCUUUCAACUCGAAAAGUAAGUGCAACAAGUGGAGCUGCUUCAGUUCCUGAUGAUGUUUUCCACAGAGCGCAAGGCGUCCAGUUGUGCAAUACCCAAGCCCACCAAUGCACUCCUGCCUUUUUUGCCGAUUCGUUCUUCCUCAACAAGUUUUCUUCUGAAGUAAUUGCAGAAAGGGCUCCGGUCCCUCAUGCUGCAAGGGUUAUAUGUGAGAGACAUAUCAUCUCUGUUGUCCCAGUCACUCGUGUGACUAUGGCCCAUCAUAAUCGCUCUUUCAGUUUCUAUAUUAUCGGAAAUGGUAGAGAGGUUUAUCUGAAGGACUAUCCGGGUAGGUUCUGUUGGGGCCUGUGCCCAUGCUUUGAGUGGUUGAAAUCAUAAAGUUGCUGUUGAUACUCCUGCUAGAGUGAAAUGAUUUCCAGGUGACAGAUGUUUUGGUUUUUGCUCGAAAUUGGGAAGAUAGAAUCGGUUCAGACACGUUAAUGGGCUAUGCGAUGAGUGAAUGAGCUAUUGUACAAAUCAAGUUUUUAUUGUGCUCAUGCAAAACUAGAAAGUUGGUAGCUGCAACCAGAAAUGCUAGCACAUAUCAAAUGAUGCAACUACUGCAGCAUGUAAAUGGUCCGACAAUGGUUGAAAUAGAAACUAGCGAUCGUUCGAGCAGGAACUAAUUUAUUGCUUGCAUAGCAAGACUUUUGAGUUGGUGUAA